AUGGGGUACAACCUAGUUAGGGUUUACUACUUGUACUCCUGCAUCCUGCCCGUAAGGCCCGCGCGCCGCCUCUACACGCCUGUCGGGCCCGCACACACGCUGCUACCGCGCGCUGCCCGCACCGAGAUCGCGCAGCCCGCCCCGAGUCGCGCGCAGCCCGCUGCAGCCACGCGCAGCCCGCACCGAGCCGCGCGCAGCCCGCUGCAGCCGCGCGCAGCCUGCACCGAGCCGCGCACAGCCCGCUGCAACCGCGCGCAGCCCGCACCGAGCCGCGCGCAGCUCGCAGCUGCCGCGCGCAGCCCGCGCCGAGCCCGCGCAGCCCGCGUCGAGCCGCGCGCGGCCUGCUACGGCCUCGCGCAGCCCGCGCGCGGCCCGCAGCAGCUCGUGCCGAGCCGCGCGAGGCCUGCUCCUGCCUCGCACGGCCCGCGCGCGGCCCGCAACAGCCCGCGCCGAGCCGCGCGCGGCCCGCUACUCCCUAGCGCGGCCGCGCGCGGCCCUUUGCCUCGGCCCCGACCUGCCGCUGAUGCGGCCCCGCCCAGCAGCUGCCAUGGCCCCGACCUGCCGCUGAUGCGGCCCCGCCCUGCAGCUGCCACGACCCCGACCUGCCGCUGA